UUUUUUUCUCAUAAAUACGCCAUGGAAAGAAUAAAACGAGUGAGACCUGUGAAUUAUAAACGGUGGUUGAAGAUUCCUGAGUUGGAAAUACCUCGUACAACUUUACUUUCUCGAAAUAAACGAAUACGUUUGAAUGAUGCUAAUAUAGACGAAGGCAGUUCAACAGGUGGUGUCAACAUGAAUGAAUGUUUUCAAUUGGUGAGAAAUGGUGAUUACGACGUCAAUGAUUUGCUAGAAUGCAGUUCGAACGAAUUUCCAGAAUUGAUGAUAAAUGAUGAAAGCAAUGUUGCUGAUAUCAAUUCAUCAGAAUGCCAUAAUCGAUCACAUGAAUCGUUGAUAUUUGAUGACAGUGGUGCUGAUUUACGAGACUGUGGUGAUGAUCGGUCAUCAAUGCAUGAGAAAUCUCAACGUAAGUUUUUGAAUGGCUCGCCUAUUUUCGCGGAAGAAGCUGAAAUUUUAAUAAUGGCGUACAUCAUAAGAUACAAUUUGAAUGAUGAAGCAGUCGACGGAUUGAUACAAUUAUUUACAACAUUGGUACCUGAAUGUACGUUACCCAGGACAAUUUAUAGUUUUAUGAAGAAAUUUGACUCAAGGAAGGAUGUUUCUGCUUUAAAAAGACAUUUUUGCAGUGCAUGCUCAAUGAUUAUUUCAUGUGGUAGCGACAAACGCGGAGCAAUGUGUAGCAAAUGUUCACGUGAGUGCAAUAGUGAUUUUUUUUAUUACUUUCCAAUCAAGGACGCUCUCACACAAUUUGUGAACAGUUCGGAUUACUUGAUUAUGAUUAACCGACAUGAAUACAGCGAUGUUAAUGAUGGUGAGUAUUGUAAGAAUAAUCAGAACAUAAGCAAGACAGAUGUAACUUUACAAUUGAAUACUGAUGGAGUUUCAAUUUUCGAUUCUUCAAAUAAGUCGCUGUGGCCCAUUCAAGUGCUCAUUAAUAAUUUACCUCUCCUAUUAAGAAGAAAAUACCUACUGCUAUGUGGACUAUGGUUUGGCAAAAAUAAACCAGACAUGAAUAUGUAUCUCAGACUGUUCGUUGAAGAAAUGAAACAACUUUAUGAUGAUGGAAUCGUUAGAGAAGUGGAUAACACUUUGGUAAAAGUUCAUGUUGUAUUAUGUGUCUGUGAUUCCGUAGCAAGACCCACAUUGCAAAACAUCAAACAAUUUAAUGGAGAGUAUGGUUGCUCUUUUUGUUUACAAGAAGGAGAGAUUUCCAAAAGAAGUACACGCAUAUAUCCAAAAAUGAGCAUUUUGCCUAUUAGAAAUUUAGAACAGCACAUGGCAGAUGCUAGAAAAAGUAUUGAAGGUAGGCCUACACCUAUUAAUGGCGUAAAAGGUCCGUCAGUUCUAAUGCUGCUUCCCAGUUUUGACAUAACAAAGUGUUUUUCCAUCGAUUAUAUGCAUUCGGCGCUGCUAGGAGUUGUUAAGCAGUUCAUUGAGCAAUGGUUUGAUUCAGCAAAUCACGAUCAGCCUUGGUACCUCGGUACAAAAGAGUCUGAUUUUGAUAAAAAAUUACUGAGUAUACGACCACCAUGCGAAAUUAGUUGGCUUCCUCGGCCAAUUAGUACUAGAAAAAAGUGGAAAGCAAGCGAGCUCCGAAAUUUUUUAUUGUAUUAUUCGUUCUAUUGUAUAAGUGACCUUCUACCAACACGUUUUGUUAGCCAUUGGUGUGCUUUAAUAUAUAGUAUCAGUACAUUUCUUCAACCUUCGAUAACUACAGAAGAAUGGAGAAAAGCAACUGAGGCAUUAUUUCAUUUUGUUAUCAACAUCGGAAACCUUUACAAUAAAAACUUCUACAAAUUCAAUGUGCAUCUACUUCUGCACCUACCCAUUUGUGUUCGAGAAUUUGGUGCUCUUUGGGCAACAUCUUGUUUUCCUUUUGAACACUAUAACGGAAUUUUGAAUAAAUUAUUCGUAAAUGCAACAGGUGUUCAACAGCAAAUUUGCAAAAACUAUUUUCGAUUUAAAAAACUGAUGUUGGAGUCUAACAAAUUUUAUGACUCGUCCGCUUUUUUAGAUCAGGUACCAUUAGGUAAACAAUUAUUCAUCAACUUCAUGAAUGGUGACAAAGAUGAAAAUCUGCAGCUGACUGGUGACGUCUACCAAUUUUCUGUUAGAAAAACACGUGCAACUAUCAGUAUAUCCGAGCAACGUUCUAUUGAGGCAGUAUUGGACUCGAAGAUUGACAUUAAUGCAGUCACAUUGUAUCAGUUUUGUAACGUUAGAGGAAUGCUGCUUCACUCAUAUGAUUUCAACAAACUGAAGAGUCGCAACAAUAGUAUCGUUCAGUUACAAGACGCAACUGUGAUCAUGGUGUGUAAAAUUUUGAAGGUUUUUAUCACGUCUCCUAUCGAAAUAAAUGAAAAAAGGAUUGUGAUAGAAGCGAUUCCAGCUACAAAAAGGAUUAACAAUUCAAAUCUACCCAAGCAAAACAAAUUUAUUGCUUCUGUAACCAAGGAGUUGGUUUUUAAUUGUACACGACAACGUAUCUUUGUUCUGCCUGAAAUGAUUCAGAAAAAGUGCGUUUCCAUUAACGUAAUUGGUGAUGAUGAUGGUAUUAACUAUACAUUGGCAACCCCAUUAGCUAACCAUUUAGAAAAUGGUUGGUGA